GUUCAUGGCAUUUUCGAUUCUUCUAUCUAUUUGAAUUGGUAGGGAAGCCGAAAGAGAAGACGAGCAUCGAGAAGAGUCAGUUUUCAAUCUCUUCGAAAAUGGAGGGAAUCUGCUGCUACUAUGGCCGACCUUAUCAAGGAAUUACCAACUUCAAGACUGUUCAUGGUGCACGAUGCUGCUCAGGUAAUGACAGCAAGAUCGGAACCCCAGGGAUUGUGAAAGUCGCUGUGAAUGGAGUUACAGAGAUGUUGAGGCUAUUAUCUUCCUUUAGGGGUAACAGAAUGGAUGCGGUAAUCUACGCACAAAGGACUGAGAUUUCAGUUUCUAGCAUCAACGAUGUUCUGGCAAUCCUCAAGUCUGAUUAUGAGAAUGCUUAUUUUGUUACAGGAACCUUCACUUCUGCAAUUUACGCUGAAGAUUGUAUCUUUGAAGAUCCGACAAUCAGAUUUCAAGGUACGGAGCUGUAUUCACGCAAUUUGAAACUGCUUGUUCCAUUUUUCGACUGCCCGUCGAUUGGAUUGCAAAAGAUCGAGAAGAGGACUGACAGGCCAAAGCGGAUGGGAUCUUUGAGAAUAGAACGGCCAGAGGGUGUUGCUUCAGAGAGAAGUUUUGUGUUGGCAAGAUGGAAACUAAGAACCUAUCUGAAACUCCCAUGGAAACCUCUCAUUUCAAUUGAUGGGAGCACAGUCUAUGAAUUGGAUGAUGAAUUUAAAAUUGUUAGGCAUGCUGAGAGUUGGAAUGUUUCUGCACUGGAAGCAAUUGGUCAGAUAUUCACUCCUAGUUUUGGGCAACGUGAUGACUAAAUGGAGAUCUCCAGAAAUCUCAAGCCACCAUAAAUUUUCGGCACAAUCUUUUGCUCUUUGGUACUGCAGAAAGUAAAAUAAUGUUUCUUUAUUUCAUAACUAUUGUGAAUUUGCAGCCCUUGGCACUGACAGUUGAUCAAGGUUGCUGGUAGGUAAAAGCUGUCAAGGCUCCAAUUUGAGAGAGGCACCGGCUAUUAGAGCCGCAGCUCACAUACGUAAACCAUGAAGCUGGGUUAUAGCAAAUUGCGGGUAUGUAGUUUAUGCUCCUCCUUUCUGAUGCAGUCCCCAUUAUGGCUUUGUCAUGAUUGUAGGACAGGAUCUCAAAGGAAAGUAAUAAUUGAUGGGAUAUAUUUGGUUUAUAGGUUGUGUUAGGAGUUCUAAAAAUUACUAGUAUAUCAAUUAAGAGUGAAGGAAGGAUUCAAUGUCAUAUGUUGAAUCAGAUCUUCAUC